CGCGUUUCCUUUAUAAAAGUGAUUUGUGCGCGUUCAAAGAAAGCUGUCUACAGUGGGAGUAUUAUAUUACACCAUUUACACGCAUCCAUGGAGUAUAUAUAUGAACACAGAGAAAAGAAGAAGAUAGAGAUGGCAGGCGGAGAUAAGAUAGUGAUGGAUCCAAAGAUAUGGAGUCUGAUGCCCAAAGACCUGAUCGAACGAGUGUUUUCCUUCCUUCCAUUGAAGACCUUAUUGAGCUUCAGAUCCACCUGCAAACACUUCCACUCCCUCCUCUCCUCUCCUCCUUUCUUGACCAAUUUCUCUUCAUCUCCCUCAUCUCCUUCUUUCCCCUCUUUCUUCCUGCUCUCCCACCCCCAAUUUUCCCGAAAAUACCCUCUCUUCGACCCCGCCCACGACCGCUGGGGCUCCCUCACCCUCCCCUCCCCUGUUCUCCUCUCCUCCGCCGCCGGCCUCCUCUGCUUCUCCCUCCCCAACUCCGACGACUCCUUCCUCGUCUCAAAUCUCCUCACCAACACCUCCCGGAUCGUCGAAUUCCCCAUUCUGCCCUUCCACCCGGACUCUCUCACCCUCGUCCCCGCCCCCGCCGGGAACUACAGCAUCUUCGUCAUCGACUCUUCCCGCUCCCCGUGGAAGUCAACCUUCCUCUACGACUCCUCCCGCCGGUCGUGGCGGAAGUUCCCGGACUUCAAGCCCACCCUCAGCAACUGCAUCAACCACCACCAGGAGGGAGUCCUCCACCGCGGCUCCCUCUACUUCGUCACGCCGGAACCGAUCCGCGUCUUCCUCUUCGACCUCGCCGCCGGGGAGUGGCGGAGGUCGGGGAUGGACCUGCCCGCGGAGGACCUGACGUUCGCCCGCCUGGUCAGCGACGGCGCCGGGAAGAUGUACAUGAUCGGCGGCGUGGGGACGGACGGGAUCUCGAGGAAGGUGAGGCUGUGGGAGAGGAAGGAAGGCGACGGCGACGGCGACGGCGGCGGGUCGUGGGUGGGGCUGGAGGAUGUGCCGGGGAUGAUGGGCCGGAAGUUGGGGUCGGUUUGUUACCACAACUACGAGCACGUGUACUGUUUCUGGCAGGAGGGAGUGGUGUGCGUGUGCUGCUACACGUGGCCGGAGAUUCUGUACUUUAAGGUUUCGAGGAAGACAUGGCAUUGGCUGUCCAGGUGCCCCUCGUUGCCGGACAAAUGGAGCUGCGGAUUCAAGUGGUUUUCCUUCGUUCCUAAUAUCUCUUCCUUUGUUUAGUCUAAUUUCUUACCUACUUGAGAUAUUACAAGGGUCACCAUUUCUUUUCUAAAAGUGAAAAAUUAAAUUUUUCUAAACUA